CCCCAAGAAACAUUCCCCAUCACAUUCUCCAUCACGCAUAUACUCACUCACCACCGACGCAUCAAAGCACAGCACAAUGACCACCAGACGCGUCCAUUUCUCUCCAGAGGUCGAGCGCACUCCUUCGCCUUCGUUCUCUAACUCGUCGGCACCGUCGUCCCCCGCUCUUCGCACGCCGCCCACUUACCCCGCCCAUAUCCCAGCGGGACCCUACAUUGCCUCCCCGACCUUUACUCGGGGACACGCACGCACCCCUUCCCCACUCUCACUCUCUUCAUUAGAGAUCCACGCGGUGCUUUGCGCAGCGUCACACCAGAACCCAGUCAAACCACAACCACUCAUCUGGAAAGUAACAGUCGACCCGGCGUUGAUUCGCGCUCCUCACCCAUACAGUCCGCAGUCACCUCUUCAGUAUGCGCUCUCUAGUGACGUCCUCGCACAACCAGCCACCAUGCCGGCCAUGGGUGAGCUCACCAUCAUUAGCUCUGAGCUACCAUGGAAGGUCGAAGUGAAAGCUUCGAACGGCACCUACGUCACUGUUCAAGAUGUCCUUCACGCCGUGUACCGUAACCUGCGGACACCCAUGUCAGACGCCGAGCUCACAUUGGCAUGCAAGAACCCGAAGGUGACGGCUGCAGCGGUGGAUGAUGCUUACAAGCUGCGGUACCGGUCCAUCAGAGACCCUAAUAUGAGGCAGGUGGAGAAGGACAAGGGGUGCAAGAGGGUGGACGUGCUUAUGAAAUCAGUAACGUUCGCAGGGUUGUCUCCUACCGACAAGCACAAUGUGCUCAACCUCCAUCUUCGGUGAACAAGCCCGCCCCCUCUCCACCAUCAUUCUCCUUCACGAUAUCUCCAUGCAACCUCACGAUAAUGACAAAAAACCGGAUCACUGUAU